CAAAUCUAAAAGCAAAAAAAAAAAACAUAAAGAUUUGUUCUAUCUCACUCUCUCUAUAUCUCCAUCAAAUACCAAAUUAUCUGUAAACUGAGUGCAUCUUCUUUUCUUCUCAUUCUCUCUGUUUCAGCAAAGGAGAGUACUAUACUUAUGAUGAUGACGAUGAUGAUGAGAAGAUCUUUAGUUUAUUUCUUGGGAUUUUCAUGCCUUCUCUGCUCUGUGAGCGGUUUGCUUUCUUCUAAAGGAGUUAACUUUGAAGUGCAAGCUUUGAUGGACAUAAAAGCUUCAUUACAUGAUCCUCAUGGUGUUCUUGAUAACUGGGAUAGAGAUGCUGUUGAUCCUUGUAGCUGGACAAUGGUCACUUGUUCUUCAGAAAACUUUGUCAUUGGCUUGGGCACACCUAGUCAGAACUUAUCUGGUACACUAUCUCCAAGCAUUACCAACUUAACAAAUCUUAGGAUUGUGCUGUUGCAGAACAACUACAUAACAGGAAAAAUCCCUUCUGAGAUUGGUAGGCUUACAAGGCUUGAGACUCUUGAUCUCUCUGAUAACUUCUUCCACGGUGAAAUUCCUUUUUCAGUGGGCAAUCUACGAAGCUUGCAAUACCUGAGGCUUAAUAACAAUUCUCUCUCUGGAGUAAUACCUCUGUCACUAUCCAACAUGACUCAACUUGUCUUACUAGAUUUGUCAUACAACAAUCUUAGUAGUCCAGUCCCAAGAUCUGCCGCAAAGACCUUUAGCAUAGUUGGGAACCCGCUGAUCUGUCCCACGGGUAAGGAACCAGACUGCAACGGAACUACAUUGAUACCAAUGUCUAUGAACUUAAAUGAAACUAGAGCUCCUUUGUACGUUGGGAGAUCAAAGAAUCACAAAAUGGCAAUCGCAGUUGGAUCCAGCGUUGGGAUUGUAUCAUUGAUCUUCAUUGUUGUUGGGUUGUUUCUCUGGUGGAGACAAAGACAUAACCAAAACACAUUCUUUGAUGUCAAAGAUGGGCAUCAUCAUCACGAGGAAGUCUCACUAGGAAACCUAAGGAGAUUCGGUUUCAGGGAGCUUCAGAUCGCUACGAACAACUUCAGCAGCAAGAACCUCUUAGGGAAAGGAGGCUACGGGAACGUAUACAAAGGCACGCUCACAGACAACACCGUGGUCGCGGUGAAACGUCUCAAAGAUGGAAACGCGUUAGGAGGAGAGAUUCAGUUCCAGACAGAAGUCGAAAUGAUCAGCUUAGCCGUUCACCGAAACCUAUUGAGACUCUACGGCUUCUGCAUCACCCAAGCCGAGAAGCUUCUUGUUUACCCUUACAUGUCUAACGGAAGCGUAGCUUCCAGAAUGAAAGCCAAACCGGUUCUCGACUGGAGCGUCAGGAAGAAGAUAGCCAUAGGAGCCGCAAGAGGGCUCGUGUAUCUCCACGAGCAGUGUGAUCCCAAGAUCAUCCACCGCGACGUCAAAGCUGCGAACAUACUCCUCGAUGACUACUGUGAAGCCGUGGUUGGCGACUUCGGUUUAGCUAAGCUCCUUGAUCACCAAGACACUCAUGUAACAACUGCCGUGAGAGGCACGGUAGGCCACAUCGCUCCUGAGUAUCUCUCAACUGGUCAAUCCUCCGAGAAAACCGAUGUUUUCGGGUUCGGGAUUCUUCUCCUCGAGCUUGUAACGGGCCUUAGAGCGCUUGAGUUUGGUAAAGCGGCUAACCAGAAAGGCGCUAUGCUCGAGUGGGUUAAGAAGAUACAUCUUGAGAAGAAGCUCGAGGUGCUUGUGGAUAAAGAGCUGCUGAAGGAUAAGAAGAGCUACGAUGAGAUUGAGCUGGAGGAGAUGGUGAGAGUGGCGUUGCUGUGCACGCAGUAUUUGCCUGGGCAUAGACCGAAGAUGUCUGAGGUUGUUAGGAUGCUGGAAGGAGAUGGGCUUGCUGAGAGAUGGGAAGCUUCUCAAGGGAGAUCAGAGAGUGGUUCGAAAGGGAGCAACGGUAGGGUUAAUGAGUUGAUGUCGUCUUCGGAUAGAUACUCUGAUCUUACUGAUGACUCUACUUUGCUUGCGCAAGCUAUGGAGCUCUCUGGCCCUAGAUGAAGUUUUAUGUUUCUUGAAUCUGAAGCAUUCUUAUUUCUCUUUUUUAUUUGUAUAAUAUAAUGUUUUUUGGUUGGGAAUGGUGUCUCAGUAAUUGUAUAGGCUAAAUUGUUAUGUUAGAAGUUUUGAUUUACUGUACUUAGGAGUUAAUGUUAAGAUCACGGUUGUUUUUUAAUU